UGAUGGGUAACGGAAGUUUGUGACAAUCACAACUCGUAUCAGUCUCUCGCCAUGUCGCUACUCCGUUGCGCACUUAACGCCGCGCGUCCCGCUCUUGCGGCUCGCCCAGCUCUGAAGUCCUCUGCUCGGACAUUUUCUACCACACUACGCGCUGCUUCGGGUCCGAAGCCCCCUUCCAUCUUCGGUCCUGGUGGAAAGGCCGGUGAAGUCCCCACCGACUUCGAGCAGGCCACUGGGUUGGAGCGUUUCGAACUCUUGGGGGAGAUGGAGGGGAUCGACGUGUUUGACUCGGCACCUCUAGACUCGAGCCGUGUUGGGACCAAGAAAGACCCAAUUCUCGUUCUGUCCUACGAUCCUGUGCGAACCAUUGGAUGCACUGGAAGUCCCGCCGACUCUCACGACAUCCACUGGAUCAACGUUCCUGCUGACAGGCAGCGAUUUUGCCCCGAGUGCGGUUCAGGUGUGUCCCAUCUUGAGGCUCAAGUCGUUACGGGCUCAUCGGUUCGUGCCAGUUUACCAACUGGACUAUCACCCGAGUGCGGCUCAUUCGCACGCCGAGCAUCAUUAAACAAUAAUAGAACCGGCUGGACUACACCUUGCGCACCGAAGCAAUCUCGUUUGGCCUAGACUGCAAUUGCCCACCGAUUUCGCAAGACGAGUCGAAAACUUAGCGGAUGGCUACUACCCGAGUUCAAUAUAAUUUGCCUUUAGAUCAAACCUGUGUCUCUCUCGACAAACGAUUCACCCGAAAGUCAUCAUGGGUCUCCUGACUCUCCUCCGUCCGAACAGACCAGAUUGGGAAAGUGAGGUCGCUUGAGCAAAAGAAUGACCAAUAUUGGGCCAAGGUCACAG